AUGGAGAAGGGGAACAAGAUUGGUCAGUGGCCUGUAUGGUCCCUGGAAAAGUGUAAACAGACCGCACGUGGUCGGAUUGCACAAACGGCCCUCGCAGCUACUCUUCUCAGAGCGUCACACUCGUGCAACAUGGAGGGUUGUAGCCCCCCACUGGACUGCACACACAACUGUACAAACACCAGGGUGGUCGUGAUUUGCCGGACCUCUCACGCAGUGCAUGACCAAGCAUCGCUUCGAGGAGCUCAAAAUAUAUCGUCAAGAACGAAGCGGUCUAACAACUGGCUGCAGCACAAACAAAGAACGUCACAAGAACGGAAACUGAAACCACUGAAAUGUCUAUUCAAUUUCCUGAAGAACUACUGCACCAAAGGCAGCCUUCACGGGUUGAGAUACAUAGUUGAGCCAGGCGCACAUUGGAUCGAACGUCUCAUCUGGACAAUUCUUUUCACUUUCUUUCUUAUAUGCACCGUCGUAGUCAUCUCAAAAUUAUCUAGUAGAUUCCAGGCAGCCCAAACCUCUACAGUGGUUGAAACGACGCAUUACCCAGUGUCAGAACUUCCAUUUCCCAGCGUCACUUUGUGCCCGAGCAAUCGAGUGAACUGGCAGAAAGCACUCGAAAUGGAAAAAGAUAUAGUCCCUGUGCAUGACCUGGAAGCCGUUCGAACGUACCGCGACCUGGUAACCAGACUCUCAACCAUGACCUUCGGCGAUUUUGACAACUUACAAUUCCUCGAAAAUCGGUCACUCGAAGUGUUCAGCGGUACGUUGUUAGGUAAGAACUUGACAAGUUUUCUUCAAACUGUUGCACCGACCUGCGACGAAUUUUUGAGUGCCUGCUGGUGGCGUGCUUCGUACAGAAAUUGCUGCGAAAUAUUCGAGCCACAGAGGACCGAGUACGGUUUCUGCUACUCAUUCAAUUCCGAAACUGCGGAUUUCGAUCACAAGACGUACUCUCAGGAGCUGAGGCCAAGACGAAGUAAUACGAUGGGUGAUUGGAGUGGUAUCCGGCUUGUAGUCAGCCUAAAUAAAUCGUCUCAGCCUCCAAAUACAGACAAAGCUAUAGAAGUUACGGUCUUUGUGGGUCAUCCAAAGUCCUGGCCAAGCAGUGGGAGAAAUUCAGGACUCGGAACGUUUUCAAGCAUCGGGGUCUCAUGCCCGUCUAUUUAUGCCACCGAGAGGAUCCUUCAGCUGGAUAAAACGAAACUCAGUUGCAACCUCAACGGCAAAAUGGAAUAUAAUCAAAACUUCUGUCUGACCAUGUGUCGACGUGAUUCAGCCAUCAAACACUGCGGAUGCAAUCCGCUUUUCCUGAUGCCGUCAGGUACAGAACGAGCCUGCGUUUUGGACGAUCUUCUGUGCCUGGCAAGAAAGAACGGUGUAUUCAACAACUAUAUUUUAGAAAACAACGCCUACUUCGCUAAUAAUACCAUUGGGAUGAACUGCAGCUGCCCUCCGGAAUGCGAAGGGUACAACUACCAGUACCAAGUCACGCAUACAAAAUUGAGAGAAUCCAUAGCUUCCAACACAAUCUUCAUCGAUGUUCACUACGAGUCAACCUCGAUGAUACGAUACAGAAUGGAUGUUGUCUACACCCAACUAGACCUACUUGUGUCAUUUGGCGGAGUCUUUGGCCUAUUUUUGGGAGGUUCUAUACUCAGUUUUGUGGAACUGCUGUACCACCUAACCAUUGGCUUAAUUGGCCACAUAUUUCGUGAUUCAGAAGCAAGUGGUGAGACAGCUGAGUCCUUCAAACGUGCUAAGAACCAGGAUAAUCAGAAGCCUCCAGUGCCCACAGUUCAUAAGGUCCUACCACUCAUGGAUUAUCAUGUAAAUCCGCGAACAAGCUUGUACAGAUACUGAGGCA